UUUUCAUUCUCAAUCGAUCAGCUCGGAAAAAUGUCAGGAAUUUACAUCGUCGGAGCUCUCUUGGGAACCUUUGGGUUUACAUAUGCUUUUGACAAGGUUGUUUCUGAAAAAAAGUUAUUUGGAGGCAUUACUCCGUCGACCAUUUCGAAGGAAUGGCAAGAAGAAACUGAGAAGAAGCUCCAGGCUUGGCCUCGCACUGCAGCAUCUCCUGUUGUCAUGAACCCUAUCUCUCGCCAGAAUUUCAUUGUCAAAUCCACCUCUAAAUAGGCCUCAUAAUAAGCUCAGUUCAGUUGAAAUUUUAUUUUAUUUUUUCUUCAUUUUUUUCUUUCUUUUCAUUCUUUGGCCUUAUAAGUCAUGCUAAUAAAUAUCUCAAUGUUACUGAUAUAAAACGGCGACAGGAAAAUAUUUCCGUCAACGGAAUUAUUUUUUUGGCUAUUUGUUCUUUAGAAUGUGAAUUACCUGUUAGCUUUUUGUUCAGAUUUAAAGGUCUAUAUUUUCCUCAGAUAAACAUGAUUUUAAACGUUGGAACUCUACUUGACAUUUGAAUAUAUU